AUGAUGAAGUGGCUUGCAGAGGUCAAGCCCAUGUGCCACAUGCCAAACGACCUAGAGCACAAAGCUCCGACAACGCAACGAUCUCGUUCUGAUAGGCUGGUGAUGUGGGUGUCGGGUUCUGCGGGGAUGGUUGAAGGUCGCUACAACGGCUGUUACAACGGGCAGAUCGUCGAAGAAGCGAUAGAGGCACCGGCCGGAUUCACCAGGACGGCAGCCGAGGCCAGCGACGAUCCCACUAGGCCGGAUCGAGAAGCCAGCAUACAGCUCUCGGCCGUGGCUUCCAUGACCUCGGCGGACACACAGAACACCGGUGCCACGGGCGUUGCUCCGGAGACUGCGCUCCUGCAGGUGAAGCUCGAUGGGGCAGAAGAACCUGUCGAGAUUGCAUCUUACCUGGUGAUGAGCGUGAUCGACAAGAGCAGCAUGUGA